AUGAGGAGAUAUUCCUCGCCACCCGGGCAACAAUCACACUAUUUUAGCAACAAUGAUACAGGCGACAUAAACCCGACAAUCAUAUGGGCUGCCCACAAAUCAGUCCUGAGAGGCCACUUCAUCCGAGCAGCCACCCACACCAAAAAAGCAAAAACACUACGGAGAACUGAUCACCAACACAAACAUAACCCCACCACAGCUAAAUUAUAUGAACUCCAAGCACUAAGACAUUCCGUCAGAGAACUAUCCGUAGCAGAUGUAGCACACUCUAUUCUACGAUCCCGGCGCCUCUUUUACAAGAAAGCCAAUAAGAUGGACACACUAUUAGCCCGAACGCUCAGGCCUCGACAAGAAUCCAAACCCAUCACUACACUCCGUAACUCCUCUAAUGUAGUAGUUAACACACCAAGAGACACCAACCUAGCAUUCACAGAAUACUAUCGCGGACUAUACGACCAUACCCCACGAGACGAACUAGCACAUGCCCAACUCCUGACAUGCAUUACAGACUUCUUGGCACACACAGACCUGCCAAAGAUAGCAUAA